GCCACCGUAUAACGUCUUCGCUCAAGUCUCGCCAUGCCGUUUCCCACGAGACUCAAAGACCCGACAACAUGCCGUAUAUUCCUGUCGUCGCCAUUCCGCGGGAUGGAGGAGGAGCGAGAGAUCCUGAUGACGAAGUUCAUCCCCGAACUGUGCCACCUGUGUCAGGCCAAGGGCGUCAGUCUCGUGCCCGUCGACAUGCGCUGGGGAAUCACCGCCGACGCUGCAGACAACGCUCAGGUCGUCAGCAUCUGCCUCAAGGAACUGGACAGGGCAGACAUCUUUGUUGGACUCUUUGCGCAGCGCUAUGGAUGGCAUGGAUCAAGUGACAAAAUGCUGCAAAAGAACUUUGACAACGCUGUGCAGACGUACCCGUGGAUAAACAAACUCCGCGACCGUAGCGUCACAGAAGUGGAAUUCUUUCACGGGUUUAUGGAAAACCCUGGAUAUUUACCCGCUUGUUUCGUAUUCAGGGACAAGAGCUAUGACGAUGAACAGCACCAGAAGCUGGUAGAUGCGGGACAGAAUGACCUGUCAUACGUGGCUGAAAGUGAGAGCACUGCAACCAAACUGGAAACUCUGAAGAACAAAAUUGCCAAGAUAAAAGAUAAAUGUUUGUCUUUGAAUUUCGACUACAAGUCACCGAAAGAGGGUGCCAAGUUGAUAUUCGAUGCUGGUGCCAAGUUGAUAUUUGAUGCUGUGUACAAACAUCUGAACGAAGUCUUGCUGAAGGAAUCGCCCAAUGUGUCCAAACGAGACGCGGAUCUGGCGCAGCACGACGCCUUCAUUGCCAACAGAAGUUUACUGUUCGUUGGUGGAGACGUCAGUGUCGGCGUCCUCAACAAACACCUCGAGUCAGCUGUAGCCAAGCCAGUGGUGAUACUGGGAGCGGCUGGUAGUGGGAAGUCUGCGUUACUGUCUCACUGGUUAGCCGAGCUGAAGAAGAAACCUAACUGUCCAGUGUUGCUGUAUCACUUCGCAGGCUCCACCGCAGACAGCACGGCAAUAAUUCCAACAUUACACAGGCUUAUUAACGAACUAGAGCUUAUAGCUGGCGAUUCCAAAAAGAAAACCAAAGAUGAACCCGAGGAGAUAGAAACUCUAGGUCCAGGACUAACAUCGGCGGAUUGCGGAGAACUAGUCCAGAAAUUUCAAGUCCUACUGGAGAAGGCCUGUAGCAAGAAGAAAGUUGUCUUUGUUAUCGACGGGUUAGACAAAAUGGAGAAUAUUUCAAGAAUCGCAAAGAGGGUCUUCUGGCUCCCAGUCUCGUACCCACGCGGCACAUUCGCCGUGUUCUCUUGCCGUCAAGACGACAGCUGCAACGUAACCGAACUGACCAGUGCUCGCCAGUAUGACGUCAUCAAAAUGGACCCCCUGUCGUCUGACACUAGAAAGCAGAUGUGUUUGAGGUUUCUGAAGCUCAACGGGAAGGAACUGUCCCCUGCACAACUCACUAAGAUUUUGAAGUCCGAGCAAACAGCCAAUCCACUUUUCCUGAAAACUGUCUUGUCUGAACUGUGCAAAUUUGGACUAUUUCGAAAACUAGAUGAACAAAUCGAUUCGUUAGUUAAAGCAAAGGACACUGUAGAACUAUUCAAACACUUGCUGUCUCGCUUGGAAAUUGAUUAUUGUGUCAAAGAGAGCAAACAGAAUAUCGUCGAGCAGGUGAUGUGCUGCCUGUACCUGUGUCACAAGGGUCUGUACGAAACGGAGCUGAGGGUGAUGUUCCACAUCCCGUCCAUCACCUGGUCACCGCUCUACUUCGCCAUGUGUAACCUACUCGUCGACAGUGGAGGGCUCAUGCAAUUACAAUUUGAUGAAAUGAAGGAAGCAAUUUACGACAAAUACCUCAAAAAUGAAAGCAUACGGAAGAAGUAUUUAAAGAUCCUAAUAGAUUUCUUUGAAUCACAGAGAAAGAUGCUAUCUUCAACAAUGAACGUCCUUGAUCCCAAGUCUAAGCGACCAACGGAAGAAUUGCCACUGCUGUUCAAGGCCAUGGGAGAUAAGAAUGGUCUCACUAAAGUAUUGACGGAUUUACCCAUCUUUGGUCGCCUCUUUCUGGAUGCUGAAUACGAACUGCUGGAACUGUGGAAGUGGACGGGAAGACCUGGAGAUGCUAUAGCCAAUUUGUACAUAGCAGCCAUGGAUAUGCAGAUCCCUGAGAUUGCUAUGGGUGACCAGAGUAAAGACUCGGAUGUCAAGAGGGGAGCCGAUUUACUGAGACUCAUGUACCUAGACGCACUGACGUACCUAAUGGAACUGGGGCAGUUCCAAGCCGGGAAGGAAAUAGUUCUUGAAAAGAGAUCGAAAAUGUUGGAACGGUUUGCAAGUUCCAUGGACGAGUCGAAGUACCAGCGUCUUCUGAGCCAGAUCCACCUGAAACUAGCGUCUCUCUACACUGACACUCACAGGUUCCAGGAGGCAGAGAAACUACACAAACAAGUACUGCUGUAUAGAGAAAAAGCAGCAUCUGACAAGAAACAUGCUUCUGAAACCGCCCUGCAAGACUUGGGCACCUCGUAUCACGCGUUUGGAAUGUUUUAUUUCAAAACAGAGCAAAUUGAUAAGGCGAUCGAAUUGUUCACGAAAUCGGUUGAACUACAGCGGAAGACGCACAGCCUCCUUGACGUGGCAGAUAGUCUACACAACCUGGGCGUGCUCUGCAUCAAGAAGGGGCAACACGCCAAGGCACUGAAGUUGUGUCUCGAGUCACUGCAGAUUUACGAGGAGCAGUACUUCGGACACCUGACGCCAACAAUAGGCGUCAUGCUUGGCAACAUCGCGGUGUGUCACAGGAACCUGGGGAACGUGCAAGAGGCGGAGAAGAUGUACAAAAAAUCACUUGAAAUUAACGAGAAGGCAUUUGGACGCUGCCAUCCUAAUGUUGCAGCAGUUCUGAAAAACCUUGCCACGAUGGAAACGAACAGAGAGAAUUACAAAAAGGCCGAGGAGUAUUACAGAGAAACAUUAGACAUACAAGAGAAAUGUGAAACCACAACGGACGAUUCCCAGCUGUCUUGGAUUAAGGAGAGGCUCGUGUAUACAGUGCUGAUGCAGGGUCGCGUCAAAGAAGCCAUAUCAAUGUUCACGGAUUUGUACCAACGUGUUUCCAAAGCGAAGUCCAUCGACAGAUGCUGGCCAGUCGUCUACGUGCGAAUGGUCUCUGCGCUACUGGAAGAGCAGCAAUAUGACCUGGCCACGAAGGUCACCUUGGACAUGAUACAGAGUGAAGUCAAACAGGAUAUGAACUUCAUACAUCUCGAUAUCCUGGACUCCAUGUCCAAGAAACGACCAACUCGACCAAAGGAAUUUUCUAUUGAUUAUGCGCUAAAGAAAUGGCCCAGCAGUAUUAAUCUCGUGAAACACAAGAUGGAGCGAUGCCUCAUUCCGCAGGAAGACUCCCAGGCGCUACUGGAGUUCCUGGAGAAGACGGACGAACUGUGCGGACUGAAGCAGGCGCUCUUUGACCACGCCAUCGUCUGGUGUGAGCAGCAGAACAAGCAACAGCUGGUGCUAGCCGUCGCAAAACACGCCGCCAACAAGUUCCCGUCCGAAGAGAAAUACGCAAUCCGAGCCUGUGAAUUACUACGCGAGAAAGAGAAGUUCGCCGAAGCGUUUCCGUUGGCUCAGCAGCUGAUGAGAAUCUGUCCAGAUAGAAUGGACAUCAGUCUGUAUGUGAGCGAGAUCGCCACGCGGGCCGGGGAAUACAGCACAGCACGCAACUGCUUUCAGACCAUAAUUAGUAAACACGGCAAAGAUAAAGCUGGCGUUGAACAGGCCAAAGCAGGGCUGAAACUACUGGAAUCUCUUGAAAAAACCAAGUUGACUAGAAAAUGAAGAAAACGAAGAUCAGACUUUGAGUGAUAAACGAUGAAAACACGGAUCACAUUUUGAGUAAUAAACUAGUCACAAGAAGUUAAGGGCCACAUGGAUACUGCGUCUGAGAGGGGUAGCCUUAUAUUCGCUAUGUCAGUGGUGCAGUUGCUGGAUGGCGGAGCGGAUCACUUGUAGGCAUCUCGCUACUUGUCUCAUGGAUGUGCCAUCAUUCAGACAUGGCAGGGCUCGACCAGUCCAGAUUGCUCAGUUUACGUUUUGGUGGGAUGGUUAUCCGAAGCCAGAUUACAAAGAAAUUUAUACCCAAACAAUCUCAAUCAAAGUUGAAAAGUGUUAACAUAAUAAAGGAAUGUGACGUGAAACUUGGAUUUUGUUUAUGCAUUUGCCAUAGCUUUCUACCGGCAACCAAACAAGCUGUCAGUAAAAGGCUCAUGUAUAUGCAAUCUGAAAUGCUUUAUUCAAGUCUGUAACCUACUUCUCAUUACCUUUUAUCGCCUCUGAUGUUUUGUUGUUGAAACAAUAAGGUAACAUUUGAUACUGGCCCUUAAUUUGUAGUGACUUUUAUACAUGAUGAUGAAAACUGGUGCAUUAAAAUAAAUGACGAUACGUAAAA